UAUAACAUGAAAAGCCACAGAGGUGGAAUGUAGAACGAUCGAAAACGACUCAUGGCAGGAGAUGAAUGGAGGAGGUUAGAAUCUUGUUCCUGUUUCUGUUCUCACAGAUAUGUUUCCAUGUCGGCGCUACAGAAUAUCCAAGACUCACGUUCGCUGCGAUUGGAGAUUUCGGUGGAAUUCCUCUACCGCCAUAUACCACAUACAUGCAAAAGAAGAUAGCCAAAGUGAUGGGCAAGUACGCAGACUUAAAAGAAGUAAAAUUUGUGCUUGGCUUAGGCGACAAUUUCUAUUAUGAAGGUGUGAAGUCAGUGGAAGAUCCCCGAUUUUUUUCAACCUUUGAGCACGUGUAUACGAACCCCGCUCUUAAAUCAGCCACGUGGUAUAUGAUCGCUGGAAACCAUGACCACGCCUCUAAUGUGUCUGCACAGAUAGCCUAUACUAAGGUGUCCCACCGCUGGCACUUUCCGGAUUUCUUUUACUCUAGAGUAAUGCAGAUCCCUGGAUCAACAAAAACUGUUCAAAUUGUAAUGUUGGAUACAACUCUCCUCUGCUGUAAAAAUCAAAAAAAGUUGAAGAAUCUGCCGAGUCAAAAAGAUCAGUUAGAAUGGAUCGAGCGAACGCUUAGAGACUCAAGAGCGGAUUAUCUGAUAGUAGCUGGCCAUCAUCCAGUCUUAUCAGCUGGUAUCCAUGGCAGCACUCUGUAUUUGGUAUCUAAACUUAAACCACUGCUAGAGGAGAACGACGUCACAGUUUAUCUCAGCGGUCAUGAUCACAAUCUACAACAUCUCAAGGAAGAGCACUCUAACGUGCACUACUUUGUGACAGGAAAUGGAAAUUUCUUCAAUGCAUUGGAAGAACACAAGUGGAAAGUAAAAUCGUCACUGAAGUAUUUUAAUGGACAAACUGGAGCAUUUACUUUACUCGAAGCUACUCCUGAUUUUCUUAUGAUCUCGCAAAUAGACGAUAGAGGACGACAGGUGUAUCAAGCGAAGUUAUUACCGAGGACUUCUUCUCAACCACAGAGCGAUGCUGAAAAUACGAUUCUCGACGAGUUUUUCACUUCACAAACUUGAAUCAGAUAGAGUUGUCUGGUUGUAAAAUCCCACUCGAUUAGCUGAAAGUAGUCUCAAAUUUGUAUGUAAAUACGUUUUCAUCAUGAUAGAGGGCAUUUCAACUGAGCGUUUUAAAACCAAAGCAGUCACAGCAACCACUGAGAUAUGACAGUGAUAUUACAAGGAACCAAUCAGAACUCAAAUAAGAUACUUUUAAACGUCCUGAAGCGCGGGAAAAUGACAGUAACCAAGUUCCAUUGAUGUAACAUUUGCAUCUGAUUGGUUGAGGAGGUGAUACAGCUUGAUUAGAAAAAUCACAGAGGAAAACAAAGCCAAUUUAAUCUCAGUUUUCCUUAGAAACUUCAUUGGGAGCUGCUCAUGAGACAUAAGAUAACAAUAAAUUACCAAAGCCUUGAGGCGCUUAUUUCAGGGAAAAAAAUUGUAUUUUAGAUAAGAGGAGGGGAUUGGGUAUCGGGGUCAGUGUUAGCAGUAGUCUGGCUAUCUCGUACUCAGAUCCUAACAUGUAACUGCAACCACUUUGCCAUGAAAGUUCUGGGUACGAGACCAGUUGUUUAGGGCUGUUAGAGUAUUUUUAAAUUUAAUAUUAAUAGGUCUUAUUAAAAUUACGUUUAUGGAU